AUGGCGCUCCCACCGCAAGUACAGCAAGGAAUCGAAAAGGUUGAUGAGUUCAUCGCCCAGUACCCCGCCCUUACGCAAUAUGACAAACUGAAAGAACUGGAAGAAAAGACUGGCUACUCCAAGGUUUAUUUUUUCCUUGCCUUUUGCACAAUUAUGUCUGGACUUUUGAUCCUUUUGGGAGGAGCCAAACUGAUUGUUGAUUUGCUUGGAUUUGUUUACCCUGCCUACAUGUCUUUCAAGUCUAUGGAUGCAAACAAUGGAGAAGAUACUCAGUGGCUGACCUACUGGGUGGUUUUUGCCUUUUUCAGCAUUAUCGAAGGCAUGGCUGGGUUCUUGACCCGUCUCAUUCCCUUUUACUUUUUGACCAAGGGAGGAUUCAUUCUUUGGUUGUACCAUCCUCAGACUAUGGGAGCCCAGUCCAUUUAUGCCGGAGUCAUUCGUCCCUACAUGCUGCCCUACUUGGACAUUAAUGGAACUGGUGGAAAAAAGACGGAGUAA